CACCGAUAACAACAAAUAUAACAUACCCAUGAGACCAUGUCCACUUCCUGGGAAGUUGGCUGUGUCUACAAACAACUUACCAACUUUCCCACCAGCACCAUCCCUGCUGCUGCUGCUGAAGAUGCCCACACUCGACGAAAAUUCUUCAAUUACCUCCUCUACUGAUGUUUCAUUUAAUGAUGAUUACGAAAUUGCUCAAAAUAUCUCCCAGUUCUACAAUCACCGUUCAGCUUCCAUGUCUAAACUAAUUAAAUUGACAAGACAAGAAAAUAUCAUGUAUAAAUUACCUACUUUUGUUAAAUCGCAAUCGUCAAUGGAAGAUUUGCAUUUGAUAUCUCCUGAGAAGUUGACGUAUGUUGAUCAAACCAGACCAAUUAACUUGCCCCCAAAGACUGAACAAGACAAGAUUAAGCAUAAUAAGGAAUUUAAACAAGUUAUAUCAGAUUAUGAAGUUAACACUAAAGCUACUAAUGAUGAAAGAAUACGAAAUGUUCAAACACAAUUACAAUUUAAACAAGCAUGGUUUAAGAUUAUUGACUCAUUUUCAGAAUUGGAUUCAAAAGCAUUUAACAAGAAGUUUAACUAUGAAAAGAACAAUAUCCGGAAAUUAAUUUGGGAUUGUAAUAUCCCAAGCAAUAAUAGAUUUAAUUUCUUGACAAAGAUCUUAUCCACGAACCAAAAUUCUCAAGAUUCCUUGAAUACCAUCAAGAAUUCAUUUAAAUUAUUCGAUCAAAAGUACCACAAUUUAUCAGAUCAAGUCAAAACCAGUAAGAAUGAUGAAUUUGAUAACAUAAUUGAAAAUUGCUUACAACGCCCCUUGAUCAAAUGCAUAAGUGAUAAUGUUGACCAUGCACAAUUUAAACACAAUUAUAGAUACUUGCUUUAUAUCAAGUCCUUAUCGGAAUUUGGAUUGCAUAAACAUGAUGAAGUUUUCCUUAUCCCUGUUUUACUUAUCCUUUUCCAAGAUGAAUCCUUGAUUGAUAUUUAUUGCUUGUUGGAAUUGUUGAAUCAAGAAGUGUUUGAUAGAGACUUGAUUUCCCAACUUAAUUCGUCAUUAGGUCAAUGGGCAGAUUCCAGAAACAUUCCUAGAACUUUAGGUAAAUUCUCCACUUCCGAAUUUGAAAAUUUGAAUUCAAACCACAUGUUUGAAAUGAUUUUACAAUUUAGUGAUAAAUUACCAUUAAGUUUAAGUGCAUCUUCCACCCCCAUUGUGUCACAACCACCAACUUUUGAAUCGAUUGAAGAUCCUAUUUCUACUUCUGCAUCGGCAUGUUUUGAACUAGUCAGCAAGUUAAUUUCCUUGCUUGUAGUCUAUUCCAGUUCAAUCAAGACCAAAACCAAGAAUAAUUCAAAGUUAUGGCAAACUUUCAUUGUUGUACUUUUCAAGUAUUACCAUUUAAAUUGGAAUGAUUAUCAAGAAUUAAUCAAGGAGAAUGUUUCUAUUAGAUUGAAUAACUCUUUGGACAUGCAAACUAAUUUGGAUUCUUUUGUUGAAAAAUGGAAAGGUAUUUAUAAGAAAUUUUAGAUUUUGUAUAUCCCCUCCCCCCCUCCUUUUAUAGACUCAUAAUGAAUAGUAACGAGUAUGAUU